CGCCGCCGUUCUUCGGAUACCACGCGCGUUCGUUCUCUCAGUUCGUAUUCGGUAUCCACCUCGUAUCGGUGGAUACGUUCGGUUCUUAAUUCGGUUGGAACGACCUUCCUGAAUUUGCGGAGCAUCGAGACGUGUCCGAGCUGCAGGGAAGAAAAAGUUUCGAAACGACGAACAUUGUGCUGAUUGUGCCAAUUGUUGACAGUGCUUCCGAAACAAAGACGAGACAACAUGCUGCCUCUACGAUUUCUUGGUCUACUCGUGUGCCUUCUUGCGGCUCAGGUUUGGUGCAAACCUUCUAAGAGCGUGGAGGGCACCGAUUACAAUGAUGACGACCCGCCGUCCGAUUACAACGACGACGAUAAUGUUGAUAAUGAAGAUGAAGCAGACUCCGUUGAGGAACCACCGCAAAUCCUAUCCACGCCCCAGAAUAUACGCGUGAGGAACGGAAGCACGAUUUGGUUGCAUUGUCUCUUAAAGAACGCAGAUCAUGUCGCAGCUUUAUGGUCAAAGGACGACGAGACUCUGUUCUUCGACUCGCGCCCGAUAACGUCGGACGAGAGGUUGACUCGGCUGCCGAACAACACUUUAGUGAUCCACAAUGUCAUAAGCAGUGAUUCCUCUGAUCGUUAUGUGUGUAGUAUCCUGACAGAACCGAGAAUUUCAAUCACGCAUAGGGUGUUGGUUGACACUGUUCCACUGGCACAACCUGCCGUGACGCCUCACCAUAAACAAUCGCUGAUACGCGUCGUCCCAAAAAAGCGUGUGGAGGUGAAUGCCGGCGAAAACGUUACCAUUGGCUGUGAAACAAGGGUGCAGCCGACACCAGAGAUUAAAUGGUACCACGAGAACGAGAGGGUCCAUAGUAACGUAAUAGUCUCAGGCAAUAGCAUAACUAUUAUGAACGUAAACAGGCGCGACGGUGGCCGUUAUCAGUGUCUGCUCGAGGACAAUUCGGGAAAUCCACCUGUAGAAGCGAUCAACGUGAUCGUCAACUACGCGCCCGAAAUAGAGACAAAGGGGAAGUGGGUGCAUACCGGACUCGGUGUCGAGUCGCGGCUAACGUGCGUCGUGCACGCUCAUCCGCAUGCUACGGUGACGUGGCUGAAGGACAAGCAGGAGGUAUUACCGAAAAAAGGAAGCGUAGAGAUCGAAUCGAACAAGACUCGACACUACCUCGAUAUUUUGCAUACGGAAAAGGAGCACUUUGGCAACUACACGUGCAUGGCUGAGAACAAGCUGGGACGAGCAGAAAAAACCAUUAUUCUUACUGGUCUUCCUUCUCAAGCCAUCAUUUCUGGUGGCGAGAUAGCGAGAAAUCAAACGGGAUUGAUCUUGAGAUGGCAAUUGGAAAGUUAUUCGCCGAUCACCGAAUACAGGCUGGAGUAUCGUCGGAAGGGAGACGAAAAUUGGACUACCUUGAACCCUACGGUGAAAAACGGGCAAGGAAAUACGUUCACCGUUGAGCACAUUAUCGAAGGACUUCAACCUGGAUCGUACGAAGCGAUCCUUAUGGCUAGAAACGAUUUCGGAUGGUCUCCGCCGUCGAAGCCGCACUCGUUCAUAGGAGAACACGAUGAUCAGGUGGCUCAGCAUGUUAAAGAAUCAGGUGCAUCCAAACCUGUAUUAGCCGUUGCAACAUUAUUCCUAGUCGUUUCGUCCUGUGCCUUUACAAGUCUGUAAUUUACCCAAACCUCCUUAAGCUACAUAGGUAAUUUGCUACAGCCAAAGCGUACACCAGCAGAUGCAAUGGUGGGUUUGAUGAAACAAAAAUGUCUAGGAGAACGCGUAUGUUGCUGGUGUAAUAUAUUUUUUAAAUAUUAUAGUAGGUGUAUACACUUAUUUUAGGUAAAUGUUAAAUGAUUGGUGUGUUCCAUUAUAGAAGAAUGAUAUCUAUUAGCAAAGAACACGGAUACCUGUUUUUUGUUCAAAUGAAAUUUGGGAAUGUUACGGGAGAAAAAAAAAAGAUAAAGCGUAAUCUUUGACAACAAAGAGGCAUACGUUCUCGCGGAGUAUUGACAAAAUUUCUUUUUAUUAAAUAAUUCUCCUAGAUGUUCUGGCAUGUAUUAUUAAAAGAAGAGCAUUUUAA